CUCUCACACUUUUCUCUGGUUUCAACUUUCAAACACAAAAUCAAAACCACCUUCUAAAAUCAAUAAUUAUAAUAAUUAUAAUAAUUCCAUUCUCCACAAUCCAAAACCUCAAUUCACACAACAAACUACUCCGUUUGAUGUUCCACCAGUUAAAACUUAAGUGAUCGUUUUCCGUCACCUUUUCUCAAAAACUUUAUUUUCCAGCGAUAUGGUUUCCGGCCAGACCGUGGUUGUUACGGGCGGACCCACCGAGAAAACCCACCGUACACGGUGGUGGCGCGUGCACGAUAAUGGCGGCGCUUCAUCUACUAUCUCAUUUCUGUGUGUUUCAUUUAUGUUGUUCAGUUCAAUUGGUUUGUUGUACACCAACAUGAUGUACAACGGGAAUAACUACGAAAGCGGUUCAGUGGGUUGUCAACCUGACAGUGAAGGUUCGUGGGCUAUCGGAGUUUUCUAUGGUGAUUCGCCGUUUUCGCUUAAACCGAUUGAAGCUAUGAAUGUUUGGGAGAAUACGAGUGCCGCAUGGCCUGUGGCUAACCCGAUUGUGACGUGUGGGUCGGUUACGGGUUCUGGGUACCCCAGUAAUUUUGUUGCUGACCCGUUUCUGUAUCUUCAGGGAGACGUUCUCUACUUGUUCUUUGAGACCAAGAAUUCGAUCACCAUGCAAGGUGAUAUUGGGGUUGCGAGAAGCAUGGACCAUGGCGCGUCAUGGGAACAAAUGGGUGUCGUGUUGGACGAAGAAUGGCAUCUCUCGUAUCCAUACGUGUUUGACUACAAUGGUCAAAUAUAUAUGAUGCCCGAAGGAAGUAAAAAGGGUGAUCUACGGCUUUACAGAGCAGUCGAGUUUCCAUUGAAAUGGAAACUCGAAAAAGUCAUCUUGAAACGCCCUCUAAUCGAUUCGUUUAUCGUGAAAUACGAAUCGAGAUACUGGCUUUUCGGUUCGGAUCAUAGUCGAAUCAGCACCAAAAAGAACGGAGAGCUUGAGAUAUGGUAUAGCAACACGCCCUUUGGUCCAUGGAAACAACAUAAGAAAAACCCUGUUUACAACACGGACAAAAAAACUGGAGCUCGAAACGGAGGUCGGCCCUUUUUCUACAAUGGUAACAUGUACCGGUUGGGUCAAGAUGACGGUGAAACAUACGGUAAACGUGUUCGUGUCUUCAAAAUUGAAGUUCUUAACCCUUACAAUUACAAGGAAGUUGAAGUCGAUUUAGGGUUCGAAAAACCGACCAAAGGUAAAAAUGCGUGGAAUGGUGCUCGAUCCCAUCAUCUAGAUGUGCAACGGUUAAAUUCCGGUAAGUGGAUCGCAGUUUCAGAUGGGGACCGAACCCCGUCUGGUGACAUGACAAGAAGAAAAAUUGUUGGGUGGUUGUUGAUCUUAGCCGCUGGUUCGCUAGUUUUCGUAAUGGGUAUGUUGCUCGGGUUCGUGAGGUGCAUUGUCCCGCUAAGUUGGUGCCCACAUAGUAUAAAUAAAAGAAGUGAUUCGCUUUUGGUUUGGGGGCGAUCAAGCUUGUUGGCAUCUCGGUUAAGACAUUACUUGAGCCGGUUGAACCGCUUGAGUUCGGUUCUUCGGUGCAAGAUGAACCCGAAAACGAGCCUUGGUCGGUUUGCAUUUGUUGUCCUCUUGAUUGCUUCCAUUGGGUUGAUGUUUGUUGGAAUCGGAUACAUAUAUGGCGGAAGUGGUGGUCACGAGUCAUACGCCAUUAACCACCAGUAUUCUCAGUUUACGAUGUUAGCCAUGACCUACGAUGCCCGAUUAUGGAACUUGAAAUGGUACAUAAAACAUUACUCGCAGUGCCCCUCGGUUCGUGAGAUCGUGGUGGUGUGGAACAAAGGGACACCACCAGAUCCAACCGAGUUUGACUCGUCAGUCCCAGUGAGAAUCCGUGUUGAGGAAAAGAACUCAUUAAACAACCGGUUCAAAAUCGACCCGUUGAUAAAAACUAGAGCCGUCCUCGAGCUAGACGAUGACAUCAUCAUGAGCUGUGAUCACAUCGAACGCGGGUUCAAAGUAUGGAGGGAGAAUCCGGACCGGCUAGUCGGGUUUUAUCCACGCCUUGUCAACGGGCUGGGACCGUUGGAGUACCGAGGUGAGAAACAUGCUCGAAAAUUCAACAGGUAUAACAUGAUUUUGACGGGUGCAGCCUUUAUGGAUAAUCAAGCGGCGUUCAGGCGGUACUGGAGUGAGGAAGCUGCAGCAGGGCGGGCUGUGGUGGACGAGUUUUUCAACUGUGAAGACGUGUUGAUGAAUUUCUUGUAUGCGAAUGCAACAUCGUCGGGGACAUCUGUGGAGUAUGUUAAACCAGCUUGGACUAUCGAUACUUCAAAGUUCUCAAGGGUCGCGAUCAGUGAAAACACUCAAGCGCACUAUCGCGUGCGAAGUAAGUGCUUAGAGAGGUUUACCACAUUGUACGGCGGGAUAUCCAGCAGAAUGGUGGAGUUUCGGAGGAGGAAGGACGGGUGGGAUCAAUAGCACCACCACCGGCCUCAAGACAAUGUACAUUUUGGUUGUUUUUUAGAAGUGUGGUUUAUUUUAUUUAUUAAAAAUGAAUGUUUUGUGUGAGGUCAAGUGUGGAGGUUAGCAGAUUAGGUUGUGUGUUUAGGUGGAAAGUGAAGUUUGUACAUACAUACCUUUGAAGACUUUAUUUCAGGGUUGUUGAAUUGAGGAUCAAAGGUUCAACAAAUUACAUCA